AUGGGGGAACAACCACGUGACAUCAUCUGCUGCCUGGAUAACUUUACCCUCAAAGAGGAUAUUCUCCGCAACGCCCAUCGAAUGGGCCGCAUCAGGCUGGAAGAUCAAGAAGUGACAGUCUUCCAAGACCUCUCCCGCUACACACUGCAAGCCAGGAAGAACCUCCGACCAGUAACAGCAGCACUCCAGGCAGCGGGUAUCCAGUACCGCUGGGGGUACCCCUUUUCCCUCUCCGCAUGCAGGGGACAAGAGCUACACACCAUCAAGGCACCGGCGGAUGUCCAGGGAUUUCAACGGGCACUGGGUCUCCCGUCUGCCAGAGUCCAGAAUUGGCUGACCCACCACUUCAUACAGAAAGCAACGGGCCCUCCACUGCCACCACCUGCCAGGCUAGCAAGUAGGGAUCAGCGCAGACCCUCGGGACGCCCUGGCCCGGGCAGACCCGAAGAAUAA